UUUUCAUAUAUAAAGGAAAUGAGCCAAGAGACAACUAUCUAUUUCGCUAGGUUUGUACAGCGUUUGGGGAGAAAAGUUCAGUUUUUUCCGAUUUGCAUCAAAUUCAACACACAACAACAUCGUUUGUGGACUGGGUUGCUGUAAACUGCAUUGUUUGGCUGUUAGCUAAUGGAUAAGGGGGUGCCACCUAGCCUAUUCGUCAAUGAUGGUUCUUUCAUGGAGAGGUUCAAGCAACUUCAACAAGAGCAGGAGAAAGGGAAGAAUGUAAAAUUAGAGAAUUCUAAGCCAAUUAAGGUUAUUUCAGGGUCUUUGUCGCCCAAUCCCUCCAUUACCAAAACAUCUGUGGACUCGAAGGUUAAUGAUACUAGGAAAACAUCCCAGGGUGGUUCUGGUGGCAAACUAGCUUUCAGUUUAAAACAAAAGUCAAAGCUGGUACCACCCCCUGUUAAAUUGAGUGCCGAUGAAGAUGAAGAAGAAACAGAAGCUGGGUAUAUUUCAAAUGAUGCACCACUAAAACGACAAAAGUUAGGCCAGGAUGGCAUUGACCAAUCAUCAAGACAACUUGAUGUUGCACCUCCUUCCCCAAGUGAUCCUACAGUGAAGAAAGUUGCUGACAAACUAGCAAGUUUUGUGGCAAAAAAUGGAAGGCAAUUUGAGGAUGUUACGCGUCAAAAAAAUCCAGGGGAUACACCUUUCAAAUUUUUAUUUGAUGAGAGAUGUGCUGAGUACAAGUACUAUGAAUAUCAGCUUGCUCAAGAAGAAAAGGCUCUUGCGCAGACAAGGGAAUCACAUGUGCCUCGUAAUGGGGGAACAAGUACUUCAUCUUCCAAACCCACUAGUGGUAAUCAAAGAUCAUCUCAGCAGAAUACAUCCUACCAAAUUCCUGCAUCUGCUUUAUAUGAAAGUGCUGACAAUCCAAGAGCUUCUGGAUCUUCAAUUCAAACAUCUCCACUUGGAAUGAGUGAAGAGCCCAGUGGUUCAUCAAAUGCUGAUUCUUUGGCACUAAUGGAGUUCUACAUGAAGAAAGCUGCACGGGAAGAAAAGUAUAAACAACCUAAGUAUUCAAAAGAUGAGAUGCCCCCUCCUGCCUCUCUUCAAGGCAAAAAAGGCCAUCACAUGGGUGAUUUCAUACCUCCAGAAGAACUUGAGAAGUUCUUGGCCAGCUGUAAUGAUGCUGCAGCACAGAAAGCUGCAAAGGAGCAUGUAGAGAGGUCAAAGAUUCAGGCUGAUAAUGUAGGCCACAGGCUCCUGUCAAAAAUGGGUUGGAAAGAAGGUGAGGGUCUGGGCGGAUCCAGGAAGGGUAUUUCAGAUCCUAUCAUGGCAGGUAAUAUUAAGAAGAAUAACUUGGGGGUUGGUGCUCAGGAACCUGGGGAGGUGACUUCAGAGGAUGACAUAUAUGAACAGUACAAGAAGCGGAUGAUGCUUGGUUAUCGUUACAGACCCAAUCCUCUGAACAAUCCUCGAAAAGCUUAUUACUGAACUUGACAAUGGAUCUGCAAGUCUUUUCAGGAAAAGUGAGCUUGUGUCGGAUGAAUUGGUUUAGGGUUUUCGUAUUGUGUGUUGUAGUGCUUGUAAGACUUGGGGAGAAAAGAGGAGGAAGGGUUUAAUGUUUGAUACAAUUAUAUCUUUAUCCGUCAAAAAAUAAUGGUUUCUUGUUAUUUUCACUUACCUGAGAUUUGGAGCAUGUUUUUUUAUUAAUAGUGGUACAGCUCGUCUGGUUUAUUGAU